CUGUGAUAGUGAUCAGGCGUAGUGUGAUAGCGGGGAGUGUGUGACUGCGCAUGCGUCGCGCCGCAGACUGCGAGCCAGGCGUGAAUCGAGGAGGAAGCGCAGCAUAUUUGGACUCUCUUUGCUUCUGUCUCUGACAGAGGACGACCGAGCCACCGUCCACCUGCCGUAUUCUCUCAUCGGCGGGACGGAAAACCGGACAGAACCGUGUGGUCGUGUGUUUUUGGAGUGUUUCAACACAAAGCCUCCAUGGAGUCUGAUGAGCUGAAGACGAACCUCAAACACUGAGACGAUCUCCACGAGGAUCCGAGCUGUCCCACUAUGGAGCUCAGCAGAUUGGUGACUUUCUGGAUUGUAUGUAUAUGCUUCUUGUUGGAAUGUCGAGCGGACAAAUCCAAUCAUGUAAGCCCAGACCCCUUACCAUCGGACAACGGUGUCUCAGAGUUUUGCCGCAUUGACGAGCUGCUCUGUCAGGAUGAGAUCGCCAUCCUCAGUUUUGAGGCCAUCCGCAGCAUUCACAAGCAAAUGGACGACGAUGCCAAUGGCAAUGUGGACGUUUCGGAAACCGAUGGGUUUUUAAGAGAGGACCUCAACUACCAUGACCCCAAAGCCAAGCACAACAGUUUCCACGGUGACGACCAGCUCAUAAGCGUGGAGGACCUGUGGAAUGCCUGGAAGAGUUCGGAAGUGUACAACUGGACAGUGGAUAAGGUUGUGGAGUGGCUUAUUGACUAUGUCGAGCUGUCACAAUAUGAAGACACCUUCCGGAAGUUGAAUUUCAAUGGUACAUCCAUGCCCCGAUUGGCGGUAAAGAACGUUACUUUGACACAGACCGUCCUGAAGAUUCUGGACCGGAGUCACUUUCAGAAACUACAGCUCAAGGCUCUGGAUACCGUUCUGUUUGGAGCUCCUAUGAUGAACAGACAUAACCAUCUGAAGGACUUCAUGCUGGUGGUGUCAAUAGUCAUCGGAAUGGGAGGCUGCUGGUUCGCUUACAUCCAGAACCGGCACUCUAAAGACCACAUGAAGAAGAUGAUGAACGACCUGGAUAGCCUCCAACGGGCGGAGCAGAGCCUUCACGACCUACAGCAGAAGCUACAGAUCGCUCAGGAGGAGCAUCGUUCAGUGGAGGUGGAGAAGGUAAACCUGGAGCAGAAGCUGAGGGACGAGAUCAACGCUGCCAAACAAGAAGCGCAGAGACUGAAGGAGCUCCGAGAGGGAACUGAGAACGAGUUGAGCCGACAGAAAUAUGCAGAGGAGGAGCUGGAGCAGGUGCGUAUGGCCCUGAAAAAGGCAGAGAAGGAACUGGAGUCUCGCAGCAACUGGUCUCCUCCUGAAGCCCUGCAGAAAUGGCUGCAGCUCACUCAUGAGGUGGAGGUGCAGUACUACAACAUCAAGAAACAGAACGCAGAGAGACAACUGCAGGUGGCCAAAGAGGGGGCAGAAAAAAUUAAGAAGAAGAGAAAUACUUUAUUCGGGACGUUCCAUGUGGCACAUAGUUCUUCGCUAGAUGAUGUGGAUCACAAAAUACUUGCAGCCAAGCAAGCUUUGGGUGAGGUAACAGCAGCUCUGAGAGAGAGACUCCAUCGUUGGCAGCAGAUUGAGUUCCUAACAGGCUUCACGCUGGUCAAUAACCCAGGCCUGCCCUCUCUGGCCUCUGCCCUCAACCUGGACCCCAGCUUCAUGGGCGGCCGUGGCACACCCCAGCAUUUCAUGUCCGACGACAUGGAUGACAUGGAUGAGGACAUAGUGUCACCAGGAACACUUCAAUCUCCCAGUAUGAUGUCACUCCGGCAACGGCACAUUGACCCACAGCUGGCCAUGGGUUCGCAGAGGGACUUGAAUCGCUCCGACUCCGAUUCUUCCUUGUGUAUAUCCCAGACUGGCGAGCAGCUACGCCUAUCCUACAGUUCCAAAGGUUUCCCUGUGAAGCCCACUUCACUCCUGCAUGGCCCCCAUUCACGCUCUGAAGAGGGAGCCCACUCCCACGCACACAAUGGAGGCAACAGAGUUCAUGAUGGGGGCGCAUCUCCCGAUGGAGGUCCUGAUAGUCCCAUAUUAAUGAAGAAGGUGUAUGGCAUAGAGAAAUCUGCCAGUAUGAGCGAGAUCCACGGCUCCCAGGCAGUGAUGUCCAUGUCGGAAUCCUCACGCUCCUUAAGCCCAAACUCCACUGAACCUGAUACGCCGUCCCCCACUGGACUGACUGAGGGGAAGGCUGGAAACCGCAUACCCCAGAUGUCCUCAAAAAAGAGCCCCCUAGAGGAGGACAGUGGCUCCACAGGUGAAGACACUGACUCUGCUGCCAGUCGCAAGAAACAUACCUUCAAGAUCUUCAAAAAACAGAAGAAAUAAGACAACUGGACAACAGUUUUGUUUUCCCCUUUUCUUUUUGUCGUGUUGUUGAUAUAAAUGUUUAGAAGUUACGGCACAACCAAACACCUUUCUGAGGUCUUUAUAGAAAUGUUUGCUUUUUCAGAGGAACACUUAGGAACAAGCAUGAUUUUGGGGGUGGAUGGGAACGAUACACCAGUGGGAACGGGAUGGACCUUUUUUGGGGAAUGUAACGCAUUAUUUAUUCAGCAGGAGACAGUGCCAGACUUUCAAAGGAAUCUUCCCUCUGAUGGACUUUUCUUUCCUUGUAUAAUCUGUAUCAGUUUGCAUGUCUUUGCCUUUGUUUGAUUGAACUUUGAAUGCUCCUAGAUGUUUGCUUGGUUCUUGUUCCCCUUUGCUUAAAACGCGAAAUAGCCUGGUUCUUUUGUUUCUAUAAGCACACUCCUUUGUCUUUCAAGUUAAAAUGAAUUGUCAGCUGAACGUUUAAUGGUACUCUUCGAUAAGUGUUUGUCGAUGGUCAGAGAAACUGUAAAAGGGCUGAACUAUCAGUGUAAAACUCCCUUCAAUUAUGUUGCACUAUUUCUAAAUGUGGAUGUGUCGGUUUUGUAAAGAACAUUUAGAAUAUGCUGGAAUACGCACUAAAACGUUUACACAAACCAUGACACUGAACGUAUCUCCAAGGCAUCAGGGAUUUCUAGUAUGUUGAAGAAUUACACAAAUAGAAUAUUUGAUCAUUGUUGAUCAUUCCAAAUCAUUUAGAAAAUACAAGAUGGUUCAUGAAUGUGCACAUUAAUGUUUUUUGAGCAUUUACUCUUAACCAUGCCCCUGCUGACUGUUUCUAAUGACAUCAUCCAAAAUCCAAGUUCCCAAGAAAGCAUGUCUUUUUUUAAAAAACAACAACAAAAAUAGAAAAUGUAAGGUGAAUGCAUACUUCACUUUGUUUAAAUUACAGAGUUAUUACAGCUUCAGCAGAUCUUGCCAUCUUGUAUUCAAAGUGCCAAACUAAAGCCACCUUCCAGAAAAUGUAUACACUUCCCAAAGGUUAUAUUUCGGUUUUGUUAGAUCACUGAUCUGAGAUCUCAUCUUAAAUAGGUUUGCUAUAAAGGUGCAGAUUUUCCAAAUUGUGGUGGAAGGGUGGGUGUCUACAUUUACUUCUGACAUGUUUCAAAGAGAGCUUGGAUAUAUUUUGUUGCUGCUGAAUUAAGUCAUAUAAUUUUUUUUUGACCCACAAGAAGUCGAAUCCUGAUUUCAGGUGCUCUUUUAUAUAAUUUUAAAGCUAGACCACACACAAUUGCUGUUAUAAUGGAGUGACUUGCCUUUAAAUGAUCAUAUGUUGGGGCAGACGGAUUUUACCACUGUGCAUUUUCUGAGGAAGUGGAGACCAGUCUCUAUUCUUCUUGUGGUUUACAUGAUGCUCACUAAGAUAAAUGUCUUUUUAUCCCAGUGCACUGAAAAAUACAAGCACACUUUCUGAAAAGAGAGGGGGGUUAAGAAUCAAAAGGCUUCGUGAGGGAUGUCGCUAUGCAUUUUAUUAUUUUCUACCCACAGGCAU